UGUCUGGAGCAGUCUUGAUCCAGCGGGCAAGUCUCUUCACGUAGCGCGACGACACGGGCAAGGCUUCGCCCUAUCCCAGAAAAAAAAAAAAAAACUGAGCUCAGAGAGAAGAACCAACACUUCAAUUGACCAAAUACGUUUCUAUAAUCUUGAAAGUCAAGAGGUGAUGCUGGGGGUGGCCGGAGUGACGGGCAGCAUCGCCAAUGCCCUGGCCAGUGCAGCCUGUGAGCGAUGUAAGAGUGGCUUUGCUCCCACUGAGAAGAUUGUUAACAGCAAUGGAGAAUUGUACCAUGAGCAGUGCUUCGUGUGUGCCCAGUGUUUCCAGCAGUUUCCGGAAGGACUCUUCUAUGAGUUUGAAGGCAGAAAAUACUGUGAACACGACUUUCAGAUGCUCUUUGCUCCCUGCUGUCGCCAAUGUGGUGAGUUCAUCAUUGGUCGUGUUAUUAAGGCCAUGAAUAACAGUUGGCACCCUGACUGCUUCUGCUGUAACAUCUGCCAGGCUGUGUUGGCUGACGUGGGCUUUGUCAAAAACGCCGGCAGGCACCUGUGUCGCCCGUGCCAUAAUCGCGAGAAGGCCCGCGGCCUCGGCAAAUACAUCUGCCAGAAGUGUCACGCCAUCAUUGAAGAGCAUCCGCUGAUCUUUAAGAAUGAUCCUUACCAUCCCGACCACUUCAACUGCAACAACUGUGGGAAAGAGCUGACAGCUGAAGCCAGGGAACUGAAAGGCGAACUUUUCUGCCUGCCCUGCCAUGACAAGAUGGGCGUGCCGAUCUGCGGCGCAUGCAGGAGACCCAUCGAGGGGCGUGUGGUCAAUGCAAUGGGCAAGCAGUGGCACGUUGAGCAUUUCGUGUGCGCCAAGUGUGAGAAGCCAUUCCUUGGCCACCGCCAUUAUGAGAGAAAGGGCUUGGCUUACUGCGAGACGCAUUAUAACCAGCUGUUCGGCGAUGUGUGUUACCACUGCAACCGUGUGAUUGAGGGCGAUGUGGUGUCUGCUCUCAACAAGGCCUGGUGCGUCAGCUGUUUCUCCUGCUCCACUUGCAACACAAAGCUCACCCUCAAGAACAAGUUUGUUGAGUUUGACAUGAAGCCUGUUUGUAAAAAGUGCUAUGAGAAGUUUCCCCUUGAGCUGAAGAAAAGGCUGAAGAAGCUGGCUGAGUCUUUAGCACGCAAGUAGGCUGAAGUUGGCCGAACAAUAAAAAAACAAAACAAAAAAAAGAUUUUCACCCUGGGUUAUUAAAAUGUUUGUUUUCCCUUUCGAAAAUAUAUCUACAUAUGUAAAAAAAACCAAUACAGUAUAAUACUGCCCCAAAGUGACCUGAGCUGUUAUAUUCUCAAUAAAAGUGGCAUCCAUUUUCUUCUGACCACCAAACAAGUUAAUUCAUAUGUUUACUAUUUACUUAAUUAUUGUUUAAUAUUUCUUGAGUUGUAUUCAGCAUGUGUCCUAAUCUGUAACUUUAAAUGUGCCUUGCAGUAACACUUCGAAUUUGUGUGUAUAACAUGGAUUAUUCUCAACUGGCCAAUUCUGAUCACUGGUGCUUUGUUGCUUUCACAUGCCCAAAUGAGUAAAAAGAGCAAACAGUGUAUUGAAGGUACCACACAUUUUUGUCACGAAUAUGUCAAAUAAACUCCCAAAGAACUGUUACUGGAGUAAUGUUCUUGUAAAUGCCAGCUAGUGGGAAAUAAACGAUUUUAAGGA